AUGGACGCCUGCGAAAUCCGGGCGCCCGGGGCAGUGCUGCUCCGGAAAUCUGACCUGCCGGCGGAGAAGAAUUACACUAACGGCCAUGCUGAUGCCGCGGUGAAGCGCAAGGUAGCCGCGAUGCCAGCAGCGGCACCUACUACUCCGAGGAGGCACCCAUCGCCGAAUGCCGGCGGUCGGGCGUCGUCUCCGACGCCGGCUGGGUCACAGGCGAAGAGGUCCCAGUCCACCGAACGGCGGCCGGCGACUCCGUCGAGGGCGUCUUCCGGCGGCUCGCGGCCGACUACCCCGUCCAGAAUCUCUGCCCCGGCGUUGCCAUCGUCUGCGCCUUCCAGCCCAUCCUCCUCAUCCUCCAGCUCGUCGACACCGGUGCGUGAUGCCGUUUCUGAAACGCAAAGCGCCCCGAGGAGGUUGUCGGCUGGCCGGGCUCCUGAUGGGUUGUGGCCUUCAAUGCGGAGUCUGUCUUCUUCUUUCCAGCCCGAAUCAAAGGGGAAAAGGAUUUCCAGUAGCUCUUCUACAGAUCAGGCCAAGACGAGGGAUGCAGCACCAGCUGAUAGGAAGAGGAGCCCAUUGAGAGGGAGAGCUACUCCUGAGCAAUCGGAGAAUCCACAUGCCAAGGUUAUUGAUCAUCAUCGCUGGCCUGCUAUGAUGGGGGGCAAGGUGUCUGCAAGCACAAUGUCCAAGAGCAUGGAUCUCACUGAUAAGAUCAGUAGGUCUACUCUUCCAUCAGUUCCGUCACGUGGGGUUUCACCGAAGCGAACUACAAUGUCCUCCGCUGCAAAUACCUUGUCAAGAAGUAUUGAUCUUGCUGAUAAAAUUGACCGGCUGGUCUCUUCGUCAAUGUCAUCACAAGGGGGAUCACCAAAAAAGUCACCUUCUUCAAAUGGUGCAGAUGAUGUGUCCAGAAAGGUCGGUGUUCGUAAAGAUCUCAAACUUUCAUCCUUGGCAAUUUCAUCAAGAAGGGUGUCACCAAUAACAACAGCUGCAUCAGAUGGCACUAGGACCCUAUCAGAAAGCAUGGAUCUUACUGAAAAGGAUAACAGUACACUCUCCUCAUCAGUUUCAUCACCCAGCAUUUCACCAAGUGUGUCUAAUGCUGCAUCGCAGACUACUACAAAAUCAUCCGAGAGAUUAAUUGGACCUGUUUCCAACCUGUCUUCAUCGAGAGGACUUUCACCUAGAAGAACAACUUCUGGUGGCAUUGCUGCUUUAAUGAAAAAUGUUGAUUUUCAGCCUGAAAAAGAUAGGAGACCAUCUUCAUCAAGAGGGGUUUCGCCAAGAAGGCGAUUUGCCUCUGAUGGUGUUAAUGAUAUUGUGAAAAAUAUGGAUUUUGCUGAAAAGGAUAGCACAGUAGUCAGCCUGUCAAUUCCAUCUCGAGGGGUUUCUCCAAGGAGAAGACUUGCCUCUGAUGGUGUUGAUACUAUAUCAAGGAGCUCGGAGUUUUCUGGAAAGGAUAACAGGCCAUCCACCUCAUCUUCCACAUCACGUGGGAAUGGGAUGUCUCCACGAAGAAGGCUUGCUUCUGAUGGCAUAAGUGCUGUAACCAAAGGCAUGGACUUUGGUGAUAACGCUAACAGACCAUCAACCUCUUCAGCAGUAUCACGAGGGAUUUCACCAAGACUUCAAUUAGCCUCUGAUGGUGUUGGCACUGUAUCAAAAGGCACAGGUCUUUCUGAUGGACUGAACAGGCCAUCAACCUCAUAUGCAACACCACGAGGUAUGUCACCACGACGCAGGGUUGCAUCUGAUGCUAGCAAUGCGACUUCAGAAAGGAUCAAGUUCACCGAAAAGGAUUCCGGAACUGUGUCCUCUUCAGUUGCACCUAGAGGGGUCUCAACAUUAAGACGACUUGCCUCUGAUGAUGUUGAAACUAUAUCAAAAAGUAUGGAUCUCGUUGAGAAAGAUACUAGACCUACUACCUCAUCAGCUGCAUCACGAGGGCUUUCACCAAGAAGGCGACUUUCCUCAGAUGGUGUCAAUAUGAUUCCAAAGAGCAUGGAUCUUGUUGAAAACAAUAACAAACUUGUCACCAUGUCAGCUGCAGCACGAGGGGUUUCACCAAGAAGACGGCUCGCCUCAGAUGGUGUCAAUGUGAUAUCAAAGAGCAUUGAUCUUGUUGAAAACAGUAACAAACCCUUAGCCAUGUCAGCUGCAGCACGAGGGGCUUCACCAAGAAGACGGCUCUCCUCGGAUGGUACAUCAAAGAGCACAAACAUUACUGAAAAAAGUAUCAGACCUUCAACAUCGUCAAUGUCAUCACGAGGGAUGUCACCAAGAAGACGGCUGGCCUCUGAUGGUAUCAAUGCUGUAUUGAACACAGAAUUUGCUGACAAAAACUGUAGACCAUCUUCCUCAUCAACUGCUUUACGAGGGGUUUCUCCCAGAAGCAGGUCUGCCUCUAAUACCAUAUCAACAGGCAUGACUUCUGCUGAAAAAGACAGCAGACCGUCCACAGCAUCAAGUGCGUCAUGUCAGACUCUGCAGAGCAGUAGGCUUGAAUCUGAUGGUGUUAAUACCCUAUCAAAAGAUGUGGAGAUCUCAUCGACUGUAUCUGGUUGCACUUCAGACAGUAGACUUGAUGGCACUGGUGCUCUAGUAAAAAGCAUAGAUGUCACUGAGAAACUUAUUGUGUCAACGGAUGAUGAUGGUGAUGGUGACGAUCCAGGAAGAAUGAAUUCUAGUGACAUAGUUACUAGUGCAGUCUCAUCAUCCCUUGCAUCUCAAGAGGUAUCACCAAGACCUGUUACUGAUGACGUUAAGAAUGCAUCAGAGAAUGUUGAUGCAACUCAAAAAGGUAACAGAGCAUUAUCGGUGAAGGUUCCAUCUCGAGGAGCUUCUCCAAGAAGGCGACUUGCAUCCGAUGGUAUUGAUACUAUAUCUAAAAGCAUGGAUUUUGCUGAGAAAGAUAAGAAAACCAUGACAGUGUCAGUUCCAUCACGUGGAAUGUCACCAAGAAGAACAGCGAGAUCUGACAGUGCUAAUAUAAUAUCAAAAAGUAUGGAUUUUGCUGAUAAAUGUAAUGGACCAAUAUCUUCAAUGGUUCCUUCACGAGUGUUUUCUACAAGAAGAGUACUAGGACCGGAUGGUGCUAAUGCCAUGUCAAGAAGCAUGGAUCUAACUGAUAAAAUUAGACAGCAAAUAUCUUCAACUGUGCAAUCAUCCAGAGCUUCACCAAGGAAAAUACCUCCUGCUUAUAACAGAAUAAAAGGCCCUGAAGUUUUAUCAGGUGGUGUUGAGAGCCCUGGUUCUGCUGAUGGAAAUGAAAGUCAAGAGGAGAAUACCAGUUCAAGUCCAGAUGCACCUUCAAAUAAUUCUAAAAAAUCUACACCUCCAAAGCAGCUAGCUAGGAGAUCACCUUCGCCAUCACGUAUUUUAAUACGCCCUUCAUCACCAUCCAAUGCUUCAUCGACACCAUCAUUUGCCUCUAGGAGAUUACCAAGCCCAUCAAGGACUAGACCCUCAACACCUGUCUCACCAUGUAGUUCUGCCAGAUCUGAUUCAGCCUCUUCAAUUCUUAGCUACAUUGGUGAUGCUACAAGAGGGAAGAAGAGCCCAGCUCACAUGGAAGAUGCCCAUCAGUUGCGCCUCCUGCAUAAUAGAAACUUACAAUGGCGUUUUACCAAUUCUUAUGUUGAUGAAAUGCUGUCAAUUCAGAAAAUAAAUGCUGAGACUAUGUUGUACAGUAUAUGGGAUGCUAACUCAAGGAUGUGUGACUCUAUGGUUAUGAAAAGGAGCUAUGUACAAAGACUAAGGCAAGAGGUCAAAUUGGGAAUAGUGUUGAAGGAGCAAAUGGAUUACCUUGAUCACUGGGCAGCGCUGCAAACAGAGUAUUCUUCUUCUUUAUCCAGCGCAACUGAAGCUCUUAAAGCAAGCACAUUGCGUCUUCCAGUUUCAGGAGGAGCUAAGGCCGAUGUACUUACUGUCAAGAAUGCUGUCAGCUCAGCAGUUGACAUUAUGCAAGCAAUGGGGUCAUCCGUUUGCCAUUUGCUAUCAAAGUUACAGGCUUCACACUCUCUGGUUACAGAACUUUCAGCUGUUGCUGCUAAAGAAAGUACCUUACUCAAUGAGUACAGAGAACUCUUAGCAACAGCAGCAGCACUACAGAUUGCCAUCACCUUAGAAUUAGAGAUUCCAGUGCUGGUCCCAAAUCCAAGCAAGGGACGACCAGAAACUUCUAACCGACACUACAGAGUAGAUGACAGCAAGUUGUUUUCGCUAUUGCUCUCAUUUGCAUGUGCUAUGCUGCUGCACAUGCAAGAGUUCGCCAUUCUGUGCUGCUUUUUGUUGCAUGUUGUGCCACGGCCGCUUUCUGUAAAUUAUGAUCGGUACUAG